AUAUCAACAAAAAACGGCUAUACGGUCGUGAAAGCAAGUGUUCAGUGACGUACUGUUCGUACAGCAGAAAGCUGCCAAGUGGAAAUUUGAAAAGAAUCGCUCCAGUAUGGCAGAAGAAGCUGCAGAAAUUUGCGAGGCUUCGAUUUAUUUCGAUUUGCGUAAGGUGCAUGACCACUUCGAUCGAUCCCUUCUCGAAGAUGAGGACAUUUGCAUAAAGGACUACCUCGAGGCUUACACCGAACUGUUCAAAUUUUUUCAGUUGAUGGGAAGCGUUUUCAGCUUUGUCUCGACUGAUCUCAAACAAAAAAUUGAAAUCUUACAAAAACUCAUUGAUAGUGAUCCAGAAAAUUAUGUUUCUAUAAAGAAAAUGGUUGAUUAUGAAAAGCAGUCCAAUCUUUUUCACCACAACAAAUAUGGAAAUGGCUCAAGGACUCUCCUCAGACUGCAUAGAGGAUUGGAUUUUAUUUCUGAAUUUCUUGGACAACUCAAUGAAUUGUCUGAUACUGAUAAUACUUCAGGCGUAUGUCAAGAAGCUUAUAACAAAACUUUGGCCAAACAUCAUGCUUGGCUUAUUCGCAAAGCAGCUUGUGUAGCUAUGUAUACGAUGCCAACUAGAGAAGUAUUACUAAAAAAGGUUUGUGGAGAUAAUGUAAGUAGAAAUAUAGAUAUACUGCCAAAAAUGUUAGACAUUACUUCUGCUGUGAUUGCAAGAACUGAUACUAUUUACCAAAUGCAUUCCUUACAUAUGCUACCCUAACAUAAAUAGACAAUACGUAAAUGGAGUACGUAUUGUAACUAAGAUAAUAGAAUGAAACAUAAUGGGCACCACUAUGAUAUCUUAUUUCAAACUUAUAAUGAAUAAUUUUAAUUGUGAUAUUUAGAUCAUAAAGAUUGUAUUAGUGCUAUAAUCUAAAUAAUUGCAUAAAUGUAGGAUUUAAGCAUCAUCAAUGUGUUAAAGUGAUGACAUAGAGUAUUUAAAGAAUAGUUUAAGAUCCUCUUGGAAAAUUUAUAUCCCAUUUUCUAGUUGUUAUAAAACUGUUUUAACAUUAGAAAAAAAGAGCAGUUUCAAAUUAAGUGCAAUUGUAAUUUGUAUAGUUUUUCAUUACAUAAAAACUGAAAAAAAUUUUUAGCUUUAAAAUUUACAAGUACUUUUUAAAACACUGCAUUUAGCUACUAAACCAAAGCGUAAUGAAAUAACAAUUCAAAAAUUAUAUAUACUAUUUCUCAUAAUUAUUAUGUAUUAGAUUGCAUUUUUAAAUUGGGAUGAAAGGAGACUCCUUACAUAUUGUUACAAAAUAAGUAUUACACGCUUACCAAUAUAAGUUUUAAAUUAUCUUGUUAAAAAUAAGAAUAUAAAAAUAAAAAUAAAAAAUGAAUAGUUUGUUAAAACGUUUAAAAGUAUCAUAAUUUAAGCUAUUGUACAUUAUUACAACUGUAAAUCAUAUAAAAAA